AUGCGAACUCUUGUUAAUUUUAUCAUCUUUUAUAUCAUAAUUGAACAUACGUUGGCGAGCAAAUGGAGUUACGCUGCUAAUAUGAUACAUGGACGUAAUGCACAUACAGCAAUUGUUCUAAAUAAUGGCAGAGUAUUAGUUAUUGGUGGUACCAAUAUGGCCGUUACUUUCAAUAAUGCUGAAUUAUAUGAUCCAUCAACAGGUACAUGGUCGAUGACUAGCAAUAUGACGAAUGCAAGAAUAUUCCAUACAACAUCUGUACUGAAUGAUGGAAAAAUAUUAGUUACUGGAGGUGAAAAUAGUCCAAAGACAGCUGAAUUAUAUGAUCCAUUAACAGAUCAAUGGACUCCUACUGAUAAUAUGAAAUAUAGACGGUGGAUGCAUACAGCAACUGUUUUAAACGAUGGUAAAGUAUUAGUCUGUGGUGGAAUAGUAGACGAAGGUGAAUAUUUAAUAACUGCUGAGUUAUACGAUCCAUUAACAAAUAAUUGGGCAAUCACUGGUAGUAUGAAUUUUCCUCGAAAUUUUUUUACAGCAUCAUUAUUACACGAUGGUAAAGUAUUAGUUACUGGUGGAUAUAAUUUUCAUGAUGGAUAUAUAGACAGUACUGAACUAUAUGAUCCAUCAACAGGUAAAUGGACUAUUACGGGUAAAUCAAUAAAUACACGAACAUAUCAUUCAGCAGUCGUAUUACAUGAUGGAAAAGUAUUAGUUCUUGCUGGAGUGAGCGGAGAUCACGGACUCUUUGUUAAUACUGAAUUAUAUGAUCCAUCUACGGGUAAUUGGACACUUACUGGCAAUAUGAAUGUACCGGGAAUGUUUCGUACAGCAUCUGUACUACUUGAUGGUAAAAUAUUAGUUACUGGUGGAGAAGAAUUCGAAGCUCAAUGUAUACCUUGUGUUGAGAUAUAUAAUCCAUCAACUGGUCUGUGGACUAUUACCGAUGAUUUAAAUAAUGAACGAAUGUUUCAUACAGCAUCGGUUUUGAAUGAUGGACGAGUAUUAGUUUCUGGUGGAAUUGAUCAAUAUACUCUUAAUACAACUGAGAUAUAUAAUUUAUCAUUCUAA